AGCUGUGCUCUGCUUUACUGACGUCUACAUACUACCAGCCAUUACCGGCUCAUCGGGCGACCGCAGCCACAUGGAGUACGAUCCCUUGGUGGACCUUCCUGGCGGCGACAAUUUUCACGAUGUGACCGCAUUAUUUGAGGAUGCUGCCGAAGAUAUGCAACCCGGGGCUCUCGUGUUGACCGACGGAUUUACUCUUCUGGAUGCUAUGUCGUCGUUCGAGAUAGGCGAACCACGCUUCGAUAGCGGCUUGGCGCUUCUGGACAAAUCUAAGCCGUCCUUCAAUCCUCUCGCCCCGCUUACCCCAGAGGAAGUGUGCUGGAUCAUAGAUCGCUCGGUUUCCUGCGAGAUGGAAUGGCACUCCGGUUAUACUCUUUCGCAAAGCAUAUACUCAUUCCUUUACGUUCACUCUUUGAAAGAGAUAGACCCUGACCUCGUCCCCGGGGGUUCACUGCCACGCUCAGACAGCCUGCGUCCGCCAGAGCUAAUCACAGUCGUUCUAAGGGCAGCUCUGUUAGGCCUUCUCAAGUGUUGUGACCUGUCCUGGAGGGAGCUAAAUAAAGGGAACGUGUACGAUGCCGAAGACUGGCAAAGCGAAAAAUGUGACGUGCCGCUCUCCGAGGCUCUGCCCGUCAAAUAUGUCUGCAAGGCGCUUGAUGAAGCGUGUCGUUGGCUCGAGACCUCGGCCAAAGUUCAGCAACCUUGGAAAACCAUGCUGAUGAAUCGAAUAGUGUUUAGAAAGUCACUAAUUGUGUUGUUCGAGACACAAUUGUCUCAACCUCACUCUGGUUUGCUUCCGACGAUGAUAAAUCUAAGUCUGCAAUUAUUGCAGCCUAUCAUGGCAGUAACUCCGUCAGAACCCGCGCCAGAUUCUCCAGCCCGUCUUGCGUUUGACCCUCAGUUUCCUCGUGUUAUCGUAUCAUACAUCCCUCUGCAUGUCCUACAGCUACCCGACCAAGCUCAUACCUGGGCUUUACUAGAGGGACUGUUGAUAUCGCUGAAAAAUGUCAACGAUCUUGCAAAUACGACAGAUCUGACGACAUGGGAGGUUGCCGGCCAUCUACAGAUGUGGUGCCCGCGGCCCCAUAGUCGACUUCCGUACGUGCGUUCAAUCACACAGUCCGCAUUCUGGGACGGCGUCCUCAUACUCAACAAGUUUGCACUCAAACACGUUGUGGUCCAGUUCUUCCGCGAGACACUGGACAUUUCAUAUGACGCUUUCACACAAAAUAUCAUAGCAAGGUGGGAGGGUCCGGCGCUUCCACCCCUCGUACAGAUUGAACGCACCAUGACGCAGAUACUGAUUGCGAACAUAAAGUCGCUAUGGUACAACCCACCACGGCGGCGCCGAUUCUGCGCAAAGUCUCUUUUCGACUGGCACGAGCUGUUUUCCGUGUUCAUGGACGUGUGUGUACGCCUUGCGCCCUUGCAAGACCAAGAAAAGCUUGACCACGUCCGUCGCGCCAGGGUAGCCGUCCUAAUGUAUAGGCUGUCUGUCAUCCGCGAAGUGAUUUUAUCGGGAUUCCAAUUGUCACUCUAUACAAAUGAAGAGCGCGUGUUUGCGUACUGGUAUGUCGUACAGGUGCUUGAAAUGCACUUGUCCUGCAUAGAUCAACUUAUGCCAGGCAUGUCGAGCGACUCAAAUGCUUACUUCGAGUUGUCAUAUCAGUCGCAAUUCCUCACGGCAUUGCAGUCCCUCUCAAUAGCUGUCUUCAUUAUUACGGUUAAACAAACAACUUUCCCGUGGCGACGCACGAGGCUCAAUUUUUUGCGGCGCUACAAGUGGGCUUUUAUGCCCGAGUACGAAGACAUCGAUUUGCAACCAUUUGGACAUCCCAACUUUACCAAGUUUGCUACUGCAUGCGAAUCCAUGCAAAAGGAUACACAGUUCUCGUUAGAUGGCAUCGCGCUCGCCAUAGAAGUUCUAUCAUGUUUGCUGACGUCACCCGAUGGCUGGGCGGGACGAUGGGGUGAAGAACGGAAGAAGUUCGUCCAGAAGCUCCUAGAUGUGUGCAUCUGUUUGCAGAGACAGCUCCCUUCAACCGAGCAGGCCUUGACGACAUGGGAUGCGAAGACUUUGAAGUGGGAUGUGGAUGUUCAUCCCUGGUUUCCAAUUAUCUCUGGAUUCCCUCCAGUGCCAUCACGAUAGAUUGGUGCUGUUUUUUUUACCCGUUGAUAUAGAUACACAUCUGGAAGGCUUUGUUUCAGUCACUAGUGAUAUGAUGUCAAAUCUAUCGUGUAUCGUGCACGUGGUGGUCGGCUGAGACCCCUAUUGUUA